CGCAAGAGAAAGAACCGAUCAGCAAUCGACAUUGUUGCUAAUUUAUUGGUCUAUUUGUUUAUUACGCGCUUGUCACGCGAGCCACUAGUGUCGAUGCCCCGCGGGCCUGGACCCCUGGAAAGACAUCGAACUCGACAGCGAAACGCAAGCCAGUUGGCCGUCGACACUCGUCGAGUGAUGUCGUCGUCGACUGCGAGUCCGUUCUGCAUCACGUCGCUGAUGGCCGGAGCCGGCGCCGUCGUCGCCUCUCAACCCGUGUCCGCAUCGUCGGCGUAUGGAAACGCUACGAUACCUUAUCACCAUCAAACAGUUGACAACCCGUACAAUGUAUAUCCGAGUACCAUACCGAUACCGCAUCAAGUCGGCGUUGGAGGUUUUCGCGUUCAGCCGCGUUUUGGCCACUUCUCGGGCAGCUACGCCGAGCCGCAUCGACCCGUGCCUCUUCGUCCGCAGACGGCGGCGGGCGUUGGCGCACCGAUUGCAGCCGGACAUUUCGUCGACGGUCUGCAGCGUGCCGACCUUGCACUUCAAUUUCAGCCAGCCAAUUCACUGAACUAUGCCGCGACACCGGCUUUUGCUCUAGAAAGUGAUGCUCUCGAUUGUCAGGCUAAACUCGGUCAGACGGUGUGUAGAUUGAGAAAGCAGCGAAAAGACAGAAAACCUAGAACUCCCUUCAGCAGCACGCAACUCGUCUCGCUGGAGAAGAAGUUCAGAGACAAGCGGUACAUUUCGGUGACGGAGAGAGCGGAGUUUUCGAAAGAGUUGGGUCUUACUGAAACUCAAGUGAAGAUUUGGUUUCAAAAUCGUCGAGCGAAGGCCAAGCGACUGAGAGAAGCCGAGGCUGAGCGUCAAGCACAACUGCAGGCACAGCAACAUCAACAAACACAGCAACACCAACAGCAGCAGCAACAACACUUGGAGCCAGAAGGACACUACCAGUCGCAGCAGCCGUCUCUACGUCACGACCAGCAGCAGAUGCAGAUGUCGUCUAUUCCUACUAGUCAGGUGCAGCUACAACAGGUGCCAAUGCAAACAGAACAACCACAGCAACUCGUGCCCCACCAAUUCUAUAUAGGGAGGCCAAGCAAUGUAGCUGUGGGAGCAGCAAUGACUCAACCGAUUCCAACACAACUGCACAGCUACCCGAGUAGGGCAGUUCCAACUUCGAGUGCAGAUCAUCUUUUUUGAAGUCGAGUUCCUGUGAAAGGUAGGUGCGACAAAGUAGAGACAAUUUCAGUUGGGCAUGUUCCACGUGCUAUUAGACUACCGCAAAUUCUUUUACUCAACCUCUGCGACUACAGACUAUAGUUACUGGCAGUAACAUUGUCAAGAUAUUUGCAUUAUAGUGAGAUUCUGUUACUAGUCUGAACUACAGAUCAAUGACAGGCACUUAUACUUACUUAUUUGCAGUAGAUUUACCGCAAUUUUUCAGUUUGCAUCAGACCUACUGGAUGUAUUUGCAUGACCAUGACCACAAUAGAUUGUUG